CGCCACGGCGCCGAGUACAUCCAAACGCCAAAAGCGCCCGACACCAAUCACUCGCUCGCUCACCCCGCCCGCCUCUUGCUCGGAUCCGCGACCCGCGAACCUGUCGCCGCCGCCGUUGCAAUGGACGACGGCGGGAUCCAGGAGGAGCCGCCGACAGCGAGGUUCCUGGCGCCGACGCGGUCGGGGGGAUCGCGGUGGGUCGACGGCAGCGAGGUCGACUCUUCCGAGUCCGCGCCGUGGUCGCUCGACGACGAGCGCUCGGUCGGGGCCGCCUCUGCCGGGGAUGCCUCGGCCACCGUCUCCGUCGGUACCGCGGCGGGGGCGAUGUCGCGGGCCUCCUCCGGCGCGUUCCGGCGGCGCCUCGGGAAGCGGCCCCGGCGAGUGGACUCGCUCGACGUCGAGGCCAUGGACGUGCGCGGCGCGCACGGACACAGCAGCAAGGAAAUAUCGUUGUUAAGCACUGUCGCGAUGGCGUUUCAAACCCUCGGUGUGGUUUACGGCGACAUGGGGACAAGCCCUCUUUAUGUCUUCAGCGAUGUAUUCAGCAAGGUGCCCAUAAAGUCGGAGGUCGAGAUCUUGGGAGCGCUUUCACUGGUUAUGUACACGAUCGCGUUAAUCCCUUUCGCGAAAUACGUCUUUAUAGUGCUGAAAGCUAAUGACAAUGGCGAAGGGGGCACUUUUGCACUCUAUUCAUUGAUUUGCAGGUAUGCAAAAGUUAGUCUGCUUCCGAAUCAGCAGCGUGUGGAUGAAGAUAUUUCUAGUUUUAGACUUAAGUUGCCAACUCCUGAACUUGAGCGUGCUCUGUGUGUCAAAGACUGCCUAGAAAAAAAGCCACUCUUCAAAAAUAUUCUCCUGUUCUUGGUUCUGAUGGGGACUUCCAUGGUAAUUGGUGACGGCAUUCUCACUCCGUCGAUGUCAGUUAUGUCUGCUGUCAGUGGUCUACAGGGUCAGGUUCCAGGAUUCAACACAGAUGCUGUUGUAAUGGUCUCCAUCGUUGUUCUUAUGCUAUUGUUUAGCGUGCAGAGGUUUGGGACUGGCAAAGUUGGAUUCAUGUUUGCUCCUAUUUUGGCACUGUGGUUUCUUAAUUUGGGUUCGAUCGGAAUAUAUAAUAUGAUUAAAUAUGAUAUAUCUGUUGUGAAGGCAUUCAAUCCAGUCUAUAUAUAUUUAUUUUUCAAUAUGAACGGCAUUAAGGCAUGGUCAGCUCUUGGUGGUUGUGUCUUGUGCAUCACAGGAGCUGAAGCAAUGUUUGCUGAUUUGGGCCAUUUCUCUGUCAAAUCAAUACAGGUAGCAUUUACCGCUGUGGUAUUCCCUUGCCUGCUUAUUGCUUACAUGGGGCAAGCUGCGUAUUUGAUGAAGAAUCCACGUGCUGUAGAAAGAAUAUUUUAUGAUUCUGUACCAGAAGUUCUAUUCUGGCCAGUAUUUGUGAUUGCUACACUUGCUGCUAUGAUUGCCAGUCAAGCUAUGAUAUCUGCGACAUUCUCUUGCAUAAAGCAGGCUAUGGCUCUUGGCUGCUUUCCUAGGAUUAAGAUAAUCCAUACUUCCAAGAGAGUCAUGGGCCAGAUUUACAUACCUGUGAUGAAUUGGUUUCUCAUGGUCAUGUGCAUCAUCAUCGUGGCCACUUUCAGGAGUACCAACGAUAUUGCCAAUGCAUAUGGCAUUGCUGAAGUUGGCGUCAUGAUGGUUAGCACUGCACUGGUGACUUUGGUGAUGCUUCUUAUAUGGCAAACCAACUUGUUCCUUGUGCUGUGCUUCCCUAUUCUUUUUGGUGCAGUUGAGUUUGUUUAUUUAACAGCAGUCCUGUCAAAGAUACGAGAAGGAGGGUGGUUACCUCUAGCUUUCUCAUCAUUGUUUCUCUGCAUAAUGUACACAUGGAACUAUGGAAGUGUGUUGAAGUACCAGAGUGAGAUGCGUGGCAAGAUAUCCCUGGACUUCAUUCUUGACCUGGGAGCCACACUUGGCACCAUGAGAGUUCCAGGGAUUGGACUUGUGUACAACGAACUGGUCCAGGGAAUCCCGUCAAUCUUUGGCCAACUUUUGGUGACACUGCCAGCAAUGCACUCCACGAUCGUCUUUGUCUGCAUAAAGUAUGUUCCUGUCCCAUAUGUCCCUCUUGAAGAAAGGUUCCUGUUCCGAAGGGUUGGCCAGAAGGACUACCACAUGUUUCGCUGUGUUGCACGGUAUGGUUAUAAGGAUGUUAGGAAAGAGGAUCAUGGCUUCUUUGAGCAACUUUUGGUUGAAAGCCUCGAGAAAUUUAUGAGGAGGGAAGCCCAGGAAAUCGCGCUCGAGGCGAGCACAAUGGAGGCAGAGCGUGACGACGUUUCUGUUGUAUCUGACGUGCCUCCAUCUCCUGCUGGUGCUGGGGAUCUGCACGUUCCACUGCUUUCUGAUCAGAGAUUGGUUGAUGACAAUAGAAUGUUCAACACGGAAGGUAGUGCUCCAUUGCUUCCAUCCAGCUCCAUGUCCGCAGAAGAAGACCCUGGUUUAGAGUACGAGCUGGCAGCUUUGAGAGAAGCCAUGGCAUCUGGGUUCACAUAUCUCUUGGCCCAUGGCGAUGUGAGGGCGAGGAAGGAAUCGCUCUUCAUGAAGAAGUUUAUCAUCAACUACUUCUAUGCAUUCCUCAGGAGGAAUUGCAGGGCUGGCACUGCAACACUGAAGGUUCCUCACUCAAACAUCAUGCGUGUCGGUAUGACAUACAUGGUCUGAUCGAUACUCUGCUGUGAUUGCACAUUUCAUUCGCAUCUUGGAUGGGAUACUGCACCAGCUGGUAGUUUAGGGAUUGUACUGCAAUACUGAUGAAAAAUUCACUUCUGCUACUCGCCAUCUGCUUGGAAUUUUAGUCGCAGAAAUGGCUGUACCUGUUCAAUUUCGUCCCUUUAUUUUCUUUUGUUCGACAUGUGUCACUUGUUUGUAUGAUAUCUGUGGAGAUUGUAUCUGUGAGAACAGCUAUGUAAUCAUCUGCCAUCAUCUCAAGUGUGGCUUCAAAUGCUCCUUGCAUCUGUU